AUGACAGGAAAUGAAGCUAUAAAAUCGGCUUUCGUGUGGGUUCAUAAGGCAGUUGGACAUGUCAUGUCCACCACGAACCACAAACGAGUCUCACUCCAUCAGGAUGAUGCACAUGUGGAUUGUUUUGAUUUUUCUGGAUCAAGGAGGGCAACUACCCACUCAUUAUUUGAGAAAGGGUUUUCUCCCUCACGGUUUGCUGCAAACUAUACCACAUUCAAGAGCACGUUGACUAUCCUCAAAACUUUUAAAGAAGAUGAAGCCCUGUAUCACUGUGCAGUAUCUACCUGGAAUACAGAUGAGUGGUCUGGGACUUAUUUGUCUUUGAAAGACUUAAAUACAAGACCAUUAAACUACAGUGUUGUUCAGUGGCCAACAGUAUCAGCCCCACUUCAGCCUGGGGACUCUGUUACCCUCCAGUGUUCAGUCCUACCUCAUUCCCAGACUGGAUCCUGUCCAAGUGAACGCCGGGUGUCCUGGUUUGGAGUCAGAAAAGACACUUUCCGUGGAAGCAUCAUCUACACAGAUCAAAAUGCAUCUUACAAUUGUGACAAGAAACCUGACACAUCAUCAGAUUCUAAAAGAUGUGUUUAUCACUUCUCAAAGAAUGUCAACUCUGAUGAUAGUGGGACUUACUACUGUGCACUGGCCAUGUGUGGGGAGAUUAUAUUUGGAAAUGGAACCAAACUUGAAAUUGAAGUCAAUGACGGCUACAGGUGGCCAAAUUAUGGCCUGCUUCUGAUGUGUACUCUUGUGGCUGUAAGUGGGUUUGCCGUUGUUAUUACCAUUAUCAGGACAAAAGGGGAUUUCUGGAAAGUUGAUAAUUGUCUACAAGAAAAAGUUGAAAAGCAGAAACUAAAGAAAGAAGAGGACACACGUAUUUACUCUACUGUUGUCUUUGGUUUAAUAAAAAAUACAAGUCAAGAAGGAAAAGAUGAAAAAAGCAGUAAAGAGGGAGAAAAUCUAUGGUGCUCUAAAACCAUAGCACGGAGAUAGCUUUUGAAGUCAAACUGAAUAUUUUAAAAGACCCAUUCUCAUAAAACUGAUGGAGGAGAAUGUGCCAAUUGUGAAAGCAAGAAAAUGGAUCAAAUACUGAUAACCCUGUUUCCUAUUUUGUCUUCCUGUUUUUUCCCUGUUUUAGAAAAGUGAAACCAUAAAGAAGAAAGCUUCUGCUCUCUGUCUGUUAUCAAAGUUAAAUAAAAUUUGAUCAAAGUU